UACUUGCUGACAAUUCAAAUCCCUGGAGCGCCCACGCCUUCUCUUCUAAUAAGCCAACUACACGCCACAUCGCCCAGCGCUGCACUCGACUGUCUGUUUGGUCUUUUCCCUUUAUUACCUUGCUGUUUUCUUCUUCAGUUUGAUGCGAUUUCUUGUACAGGCGGCUCCGACGGCUACUAGAUCUCUCCUCGCAUUCUCGGUGUCGCCGCGCCGCCGCCCAGGGUUUGCGACGACCGUCCCUCAUCACCGUCGCAACAUGACUGCUGCGCCUGCAGGCCCGACGCCGCAGCAGGCAAAGGCCAAUGGCGACAAGACGGAAAUCAAGAUUCUGAUGCUUCAUGGGUACACGCAAUCCGGGUCACUCUUCCGCGCCAAGACCCGCGCCCUCGAGAAGCUCCUCGUCAAACUCCUCGCCCCCUCGGCGCUCCUCCCAACCCUCAUCUACGCCACGGGCCCCAACCGCCUGCUCCCCAGCGACAUCCCCGGCUACCAGCAGCCGCCGUCCGCCGGCUCCGAGGGCGGCACCUUAUCCGAUGAAGCGCCGCCGCCGCCGCCGGACGCGUGGGCGUGGUGGCGCAAGGACGACGCCACGGGCACGUACCGCUUCUUCGACGAGGGCAUGGCCGCCGUCGCCGCCGCGAUCCGCGACGCCGGCGGCGUCGAUGCUGUCUGCGGCUUCAGCCAGGGCGGUGCUGUGACGGGCGUCGUCGCCGCUGCCCUUGAGACCGGGAGGGAGGCUCCUGACGGGCCCCAGGGGGACUGGGUGCAUGCGCUGCGCGAGGCAAACGGUGAGCGCGCCUUACGCUUCGCCGUCUCGUACUCGGGCUUCUAUGCCCCCGUGGAGCGGCUCGCGUUCUGCUACGAACCCAAGAUCGAGACACCUACGCUGCAUUACAUUGGCAGCUUGGACACUGUCGUCGAUGAGAGCCGGAGUCAGGCGCUCGUUGACCGGUGCGUGGACCCGGUUGUUAUUGUGCAUCCCGGUGGACAUCAUGUCCCUGUUUCCAAGGAAUGGGCUAUGCCGUUCGCUGGCUUCAUCAAGCAGCAUGCCACGCUUCCCCAACCUAAGCCAGGCUUGUGAAGAAGUCGGAAACAAACCACGAUGAUUUCACGCAAAGAGUAUAGACAGCCAAUAGACCUGGACCAAGCGCCGUCAUAAAUGUUACAUGACAUCCUCC